AAGUCAAUUAAUUUUUCUAAUAAUGGGGAUAAUUUGGGAGUAACUAAAAAUCUGGAGAUGUUAAACGAAAAAUCUGGUCAAAUAGAUCGCUUAACAUAAACCUCAACGCAGAUCCAAAGGAACAAAAAUAAAAACAUAAACCCUAAAUCCUCACUGAGAUCAGCAUGAAGAGAUUACCUUUGCAUCUCCUCGAUGAGAUUCUCUUCAACUUAGAUCCCAAAUCUCUGGGGAAGAUGCGAUGCACAAAUAAAUCUAUCAACACGCAUAUAUCCGACGACCCAAAUUUUAAAUUCGAAUACUUUUCUCGGAUCGGGUCCAGUUUGCUUCAUAUCUCCAAAGUUGGCUCUAAAUUCCUCUGUUUCUACCCUUAUGCCAUUUCUAGGUUAUUCAAAAACAUGACACCCUUGAAGAACUUGUGUAAUAUUCUCGGUUCUUGUUCCGGCCUUGUCCUAUUAUCCAUUAAUGGUAUCCUCUGCGUCGCUAAUCCUCUCACAAAGAAGUUCCGGUUCCUGCAUUACUCUAUAUGGGGAAACGAAACGUGGAUUGGGUUCGCGGUUGAUCAGAUCGAUCGAGCCACUCAGAGAUUCAAAAUCGUUUUCAUAUCCGAGCAGCUAGAGGUUUCAAAUCCAUACGAAACGACGUAUCAAUUCAGGAUCAACACCGGAGAAUCAUGGAGCUUAUCGAAAACCACCAUUACUUGCCGCGCAAGUAAUCUCAAAAAGGGUAAGAAUUCGAAACCUGUUUACGUGAACGGAGAUCUUCACUGGCUGAGAAAAGACGGGAGCAUCGUAGCGUUCAAUCCCGAAACAGAGAAAGCACGACUGAUUCAAAGCCAAUUUAACCGGAAACCGGGGAAGCUCUUGCUCUGUACCGGCGAUAACCGCCUGACAUUGAUAUCGGCUACUGAUGCAGUGAUUUCCGUUUAUGCCCUCGAGACUGAUGGUCAAUGGAUCCUCGUGAGGUGGAUCAAGAACGAGGUGGUGCACCAAAGUUUACCGUUGUUGUACUGGAACGUGCAGGCGUACGACGGCAAGUGUUUACUGGUGAGGAUGAUGAGUCUGGUUGGCUCAGUGAUUCACAGAUACGACUUGAGAGCUAACAAGUGGAGAGUUUUGGGUUCGAUUCCAACGUGGUGCGAUGCUGAUCGAGACUUUUUUCUGUUUAAGCCGUCGUGGUCUUCUGUGAUUGGAUUACUGGAUCAAGAACAUGUACAUGUGCUCAUGCCCAUGCCUAUGCCCAUGCCCAUGCCCAUGCCUAUGCCCAUGCACAUGCACAUGCACAUGCACAUGCCUAUGCCCAUGGCCAUGCCUAUGCCUAUGCCCAUCGCCAUGGCUAUGCCUAUGCCUAUGCCUAUGCCUAUGCCUAUGCCCAUGACCAAGACCGAGACCGAGACCGUUACCAGAUCUGAAGUCAUCUCAUCUGUAAUGGCUAUUAUGGGUCUGGUUAAUCGUACUUUGUCUUUUAUUAACUAAAUUAGUUUAUUUAAAGGGUGCGAAGAAAGAGUUGUUUUUGUUCUUCCCAAAUCUCAAAUCAGUUUGUGUGAAGCUUAAAAC